AUGGCCUUUGGGUGGUCCAUCAUUAGUGACAUGCGUAAGGGCCUUAUCCAUGCAGUGAGGGAUUUCUUACCCUUGAUUGAGCAUAGAAUGUGUGCUAGACACAUUUAUGCAAGGUGGGGCAAGAGACACCUCGUAAAGAAAUCCAAUUGCACUCGGAAUGUUGCAAGGUCGACAAACAAAGUGGAAAUGCUGAUGCACUUAGAUAGAAUGAGAGGGUUGAAGGAUGGUACAAGUGCGGCAGAUGAUUUGUUGGAGAAUUGGCCUAUUGAGGGCUGGUGUGUGGCAUUUUUCAAUGAUGUGGUGAAGUGUGAAGUGAUCGAUAAUAACAUGUCCGAGACUUUUAAUGGUGUCAUUCUCGAAGCUAGGCACAAACCAGUCAUUACGAUGCUAGAGGACAUUAGACAAUAUUGCAUGACAAGGAUAGUUAUCAAAAGAGACAAUGCAGCCAAAUGGAAUAGUCCUUGUGGCCCAAGAAUAAUGUCAAGGAUUGAAAAGGAAAGAGUUAAAAGCAGCAAAUGGAGAUGGGACAAGACAGGAAUUCCUUGCCAACAUGGGCUGGCAACACUUGCAUUCCAAGGGUUAGACCCACUUGACUAUGUCUCUGACUGGUUCAAGAAAGAGACAUACCUCAAGGCAUAUCAAUUCCCUAUCAGCCCACUUGGAGGUAGAGACUUUUGGCCACUGAGUGAAGCGGGACCAAUGCUACCGCCAAUGGCAAAGAGAAUGCCUGGAAGAUCAGCUAAGAAAAGGAGAAGGGAAGCAAUGGAGCCAAAGAAUAGAAACCAAACAAAACUUUCAAGGGAAGGCAGGGUUAUGACAUGUAGCAAAUGCCAUAUUAAAGGACAUAACAAGUCUCAUUGCCUGCAAAGAAUUAAUCAUGAACAAAGACAGAGGAGGCUUAGAGAGCAAAAUGAUGCACUUGGACAACAACCAAAUCCUGAAUCAGGACAGCAGCCAAAUGCUUUGGAUUUACCAGUUUUAUCAACACAAGCUAGCACAACAAUCCUUGCAGCUGACCAAUUGACCAUGUGA